AUGGAACAAUUUCAUUUUAUAUUAGCAUUAGUAAAAAAUGAUAUAACAUUACCUGCAUCAAACAGAAUAAAAAAUCCAAUUUCGCCCGAUGAGAAAUUAGCUGUUACUUUAAGAUAUCUUGCUACUGGGGAAUCAUUUCGGUCACUUUCUUUUGCGUUCAGAAUUUCACAUAGUUACAUUAGUAUUAUCGUAAAAGAUACACUUUCGACGUUAAAAAAACACCUAAUGCCAAUUUUUCUACCCGAUUUAUCAACUAUCGACUUAAAUAAAAAAGCAUCAGAGUUUUGGACUAAAUGGAAUUUUCCAAACUGCGUUCUAGCGAUAGAUGGAAAACACGUUCGAAUUAGAUGUCCAGAAAAAACAGGGUCGCUAUUUUUUAACUAUAAAGAUUACUUCUCUAUUGUAAUGUUAGCAAUGGUCGACGCCAACUAUAAAUUUAUUGCCAUUGAUGUUGGAUCAUUUGGCAGAGAAGGAGACAGUGGCAUAUUUUUAAAAUCUACUAUGGGUCAACAGAUACUGGAUGGAUCAUUUGGUUUUCCAGAAAAAAAACAAUUACCUGGAUCUGAUAAAGUAUUACCUCACGUUAUAGUAGGAGAUGAAGCUUUUAGACUCCACCCUAAUAUUAUGAAACCAUAUACUCGACAAUCUGCAAGACACGAUAAAUCAAAGGCAGUUUUUAAUUAUAGAUUGAGUCGUGCUAGGAGGGUGACGGAAAACGCAUUCGGAUUGUUAAGCCAGGUAUUCCGUGUAUUUUAUCAGCCCAUUAACAAUGAUCCAGUGACGUGUGAUGAUCUUAUUGUAGUUGCUUGUUGUUUACAUAAUUUACUACGAGAUUCAUAUUUAGAAGAAAAUGGACAAGCAUUUUUUGAUGAGCGUGAUUCAAGUACAACACUACAAACAAACAACCUAAUACCAAUAACAAGAGGAGGUGGUUUUACAAAUGCAGAAGGUUUUUUAGUUCGAGAUUCUUUUAAGGAUUUUUUUUGUAAUGAAGGAUCUGUGUCAUGGCAGGAAGACAAAUAA